UGCUCCGCCACAGCUGUGGAUCUGAUCAGACGCACCAAUUUGAAGGGCAGGCUUUCGAGACUUCGCUGAACAGUGACUUUCGCUUUGCGUGAGCAUCCCGUUUUGCUUUUGUGGUAGACAAAGAGAAAAAAAUAAAAUAAAUACAUAAAUAAAUAAAAGUAAAGAGAAGUAAGCGGCAGCAAUUAGAUCCCCCAGCAGAAGUGACAGCAGGUGUGAAUUCAUGUCUGUAUAUUCACCGCAGAUAUACUGCCCAGUGUUUGUGCCCAGCCGAGAUAUGACUGAGGUGAUGAUCAACAGCACCCCCAUGGAGGACAUGAGGCUCAGCCCCAGCAAGGACAGACUCUCCUUCCAGAUAUUCCCAGACCCCUCGGAUUUUGACCGCUGCUGUAAGCUCAAAGAUCGCCUCCCAUCCAUUGUGGUUGAGCCGACAGAAGGAGAAGUUGAGAGCGGGGAGCUUCGCUGGCCUCCAGAGGAGUUUUUGGUCAGUGAGGAGGAGGAGGAGGACGAAGAGGAAGAAGAGGAACAGAAUAGCAGCAUUCAAAAUGGACAGCCAGCACAGAACUCGCAGCACUAGAGGCUGUGUUAUAGCACCCAUACACUCUUUCUUCUUUCUGAUGGACUGUCCCGUUUCAUACACUGGUUAUACUUCACAUCAGCACUCCAGUUCACUCAACUGACAGAUGCCGUCUCGUUUCCCAUGACACCAAAAAAGAAAAACAAAUCCCUCCACGCGAGAAGCAAUAUGCACACAUAAACACACUUUUAUGACAUCGUAACGUAUCCUCCUGGACUGCAAAUCAAUCAAAAACAGACUUUGAAGAGAUCAGACAAUGCACACCUCUAACCUUCACCUACUUCUUACCACCGUGUGUGUCUCGGCCCAGACCAGAUGUCCUGUUGGACAGCGGCAGCUCAGUGCUCCAUGGACAGGUCUCGCACUGCAGGAUGCUACUACUGCUCUGUACCUAACUUCAAAAUGGCUGGCGUCAUGACCCCAGAGGCUUCCUACUUGUAUGCAGAACUAUUGUGGUACCCGUGGGAAUUAUUGUACAGUACACUGUCAAUGUUUGUGUUCAGAAUCUGGUUUGCUAUGUUAUUAUUAUUAUUGUAAUUGCCACUGCUGUAGACUUGUCUGUUCUGGAGAAGCUGAAACUUUGUGACUUGUCUGUUGAAUGGGUUUUGUGCAAAAUGUUGUUGGGAAUGUUUUGGUUUUGGGA